UUGAUUAAAAUAUGAGUUGAGACUGUCUAGGGUGGCGUAGUCGCGUAGUGCUGGUACUUACUACAGUUAUUUAUUACUGUAGCAAGUAGUGACUAAGCAUAUUUUUAAAAAUUUUAGUAAAUUUGUGUUACUGGAAAUUAGAAUCAAUCCCAUUUUAUAUUUCUUUUAAAAAGUUUAUUCCGUCUACCUUCUAUUGAUAAUGUCGAAAGUGUCUUUUUCGACGUUGGCGUAUUGUAAAAUGGUCGCCCAUGCUGCCAAAUAUCCUCACUGUGAAGUAAACGGAUUACUGGUCGCCGAGAACUCUACUAAGGGCGAUAAGUUGGUUAUAGUGGACACUGUUCCAUUGUUCCAUCAGUGUCUCCAUGUGUCACCGAUGUCAGAGAUCGCCUUGAUGCAAAUUGAUCAAUCGGCCAGUACAUGUGAUAUGUACAUUGCUGGUUAUUAUCUAGCCAAUGAAACGUUGGAUGACUUAAGGUAUCUAGAUGUCUAACUUUUCAA